UUUUAAGGUUAGGUUGUAAGUUCUGUUCUAAGCUAAGUUGUGUACGAAUGAUCCAGUCCAGACAUUAGGUUGUUGUUGUUGUUGAGGUACAUUUUUACCGGAAAAGAGCAAGGAUGGGUGACUUGAGUCUGAUUGGUCAGCUCGCUAGCACCGUCGGUGCAUCAGAGGCGGCGUUAAAAAUUUUAUUCUCCAUUAUUUUUGCUCACCCGAUUGCUUUAUUCCAUCGCUUCUUUUUGUAUGGGAAAGCACCUGAUCUUCAGCAUCUCUACUUUACUCUGUGUGGGCUUGCUAUUGGAAUCUUCAACUAUGGAUGGGAUAUAUUUCACACCUUUGCUACAAUUGUUUGUGUCUACAUCGUACUCAGAUUAAUUGGUGGAACGCUAUUUUCUGCCGUUUUAAUCCUAAUUUUUACCAUGGCUUAUCUCUUAAUAGGAUAUUAUGUGACAAGUACAGAAACUUACGACAUCAAAUGGACAAUGCCACAAUGUGUGUUGACCCUGAGACUUACGGGACUGGCUUUUGACUUGUAUGAUGGAGCUCGGCCACCGGAAAGUUUGUCUGCGGAAAACAAAAAAGUAGCCCUCAGCAAGUGUCCGUCAAUUUUGGAAAUCAUGGCUCACUCGUACUUUCCUGCCAGCUUUUUAGUUGGCCCUCAAUUUUCCAUGAAGCGGUAUCAAGAUUUUGUCGAUGGAAAGUUUAGAGGAUCUGAGACAGGCCUACCAGACUGUUUGGGAGCCGCUGCUUAUCGUAGUCUCACUGGAGUUUUCUACCUGGCUAUCUAUCAGUUGGGUUGCCUGUACUUCCCUGACGACUACCUGAUCAGUGAAGAAUUCCUGUCCCUGGGAAUCAUAAAAAGACUGUUCUACAUGGGCAUCUGGGGCCACAUUGCAUUGUACAAAUACAUCUGUAUCUGGUUGCUGUGCGAAGGUGUCUGCAUUGAAAUUGGACUGACAUACAAUGGAAAGGAUGAGAAAGACAAACCUAAGUGGGACGGGUGUGCUAAUGUCGACCUGAUGAAGUUUGAAGGAGCCACCAAGUUCGGACACUAUGUAGAGUCAUUCAACAUCAACACGAACCAUUGGGUUGCCCAGUAUAUCUACAAGAGACUCAAGUUCCUGGGCAACAGAUAUCUGUCCCAGCUAGGAGUGUUGUUGUUCUUGGCAGUGUGGCAUGGACUGCACUCUGGCUAUUACAUGUGCUUCUUCCUUGAGUUUACCUGCCUUGUAAUGGAAAAAGAUCUGGAGUCGAUGUUGGCACGCAACCAGAAGGCGCUGGAGUUCCUGUCACAGCCGGGCGUGAGUCACGCAAGGUGGGUCGUACUCAAGUUGUACACGCUGGUGUUCAUGGGCUACUGCAUGGCUCCGUUCGUGCUGCUGUCCGUACACAAGUGGUUCGCUGCGUUUGUCAACACUCUGUUUGUGGGACACGCGCUGUGGAUGGGCUGGCAUCUGUACCGACCUCUCGUCAAGAUGAUGCUGCCGCCCGCCAAGGAACGUACUAGCUGAACAAGUAACAGUCAACGUAACUGUACAUAGCUCAAUACCAGGCUCAGUGGAGGAGCAGCCGAAUAGUCAGGACGAUGGGUUGUAGGAAUACACUAGCAUGUUCUACUUAAACACUUUUUGUAGCUCAUGGGUAAUUUAGGAAAAGAGAUAGAGUUUUUGCAUCAACAACUUAUUACUUUUCCUGUAUUUGAAAUUCGCUUAACCUAAUUAUGAUAGCACAACCCUGGCUACUUAAAAGUGCGUCCUAUUUCUGCUCUUUGUUUUCAAUAUAUAUGAAUUUUAUAUAAAUGUUUAUUUGUAUUAAUAUUCUGUUACCAAUACUAAGGUAGCUUUUAAAGUUUUGUAUGAUUUGUUAUGUAGCAAUAGCAAUACUGAUAAGGUUGUUUGUGUCAAGACAAUAAUUGACUAAAUUAUUUGAAAUUGUGUCGAGGACGUUGGACUUGUAAACAUGCAAUGAUUGUACCAAAGGAUUUCAGAUAUUGAAUAUGUUUACUAAGCAAAGUACAAUGCCUCACAAGGUGGAAGUAAACAGCCAUAGUUUAUUAGGAUAUGUACAAAAACUUGUUUCAUAGUUGAUUUUUAGAAUAUGAAACCUUGACGUUAUAUUUAAAAUUGAUAAUUUUGUUCUUAAUUUCUCUAGAAAAUUACAACGAAUACGAAAUAGAAGUAUUUCAACAUUUAAGAAUGAUCCGAAUCCGACUAAUACCCCUCCCUAAAGUACACCAAUCAUGCCCAUCACAAUCAGCUAAUGUUUUUUUUUAUAAGGGUUGAUUUCUUUACAAUUUUACAAUAUGUAACUGCCAUUAAUAAUAUCUUUUGAACAUGUUGACCUCUUUGUCUUUUAAACUGAUCUUUAAAACUACUGAGGUGUUAAAAAAUAUUUACACUGCCAAUAAAGAACAUUCCAAAAAUAAAAUUAAAUGAUCGCUAGGUAAGGUAUUCAAAAAUGUCAAAAGCUCGUUAGAUUAAUCGGCAAAUUUUGGAUUAUUAAGGGCUGAUAUUUAUAGUGUAUUGUUUAACACGUUUACGUUAUGGAAACACUAUAUUUGGGCGUACUCCUUAUGUAAUUCAAUUUGUUUUGAUUUAAAAAUCAAUCUAAUGCAUGUGCAUUGUGCAGUUUAGUCCAGUCAAUGAAUGAUCCAAAAGUAGGUGUAGAGUGCGUGAGCAGGUA